UUUACGCACACUUGAGUACAACCAUCGACUUUACUACCAGAACUUCAACCAUCCACCUCAGCCCAGUAGGGCCACAGCAUAACUCUCCACUCUCCACAAUCAUCCACAAAAACCAGCACCCACAAUUUAAGGUGGAACACCAGACAUCAAUAUGAUGGAGGCAAUGGUAGGCCUAUUAUAUGGAGAAAUGGUUAAUAUACCUUCCAUAUACCUUGCUACCCUCAAUCAAUAUGCUCAUAUGCUUGGCCUUUCACAUCAAAUCUGUGCCUGUCUAGAAAUGAGGAAAGAAAAAAAUUCAGUGGAGCUACCAGAAAAUAGUAAUGAUAAAAAUGUAGCUAAAAAGAAACACAGUAGAAAGCCUAUUUUGAUUAAAAGUUCUGAACAAAGAGAAGAAGUGAGUGAAGCCAUGGAAGGAGAUCAAGAGAAUGAAAUCAGUCUCAUAAGUGAAGCAGUGCAAGACCCAUUGGAAGUCUCUUUACACACUAAGCAUUCAAGAGAGUAUCCCUUAUCUGGUUCUACUGUGGUGAAAACUGAAUGUAAUAAUAUAUUGGAAUUGUCUAUGUUAUGUAGUGAUGUUUCAGAUAUGAAUGUUUCAACAAAUAAUAAUUGGACUCCUGUUCCAGUUAGAGAAGAACUUAUAAAUUAUGAACAAUCAAAUUCACAAAUUCAAGACUCCAAUACAAAUACAUAUAGUUUUGAGAAUUCAUCUUUGGAAGCAGUAAGAGACAUCACCAUAGAAGCAUCUAUGGAGCCACUAAAUAUCAAAAUGGAAACCAUCACUCAUACUGACAUAGAAAAUGGUGGAAAUAUUCGUAAUACAAAUGAUAGUACAAGUGAUAUUUUAGGGUUAGUUGUAAAUGCAGAUGAACAGGUUAAUGUAUAUUAUAAUGAUACUCAACACCUGCAGCAUCAAAAAAAGCAACAGAAGCAGAGGUCUAUUGGAAAAGGGCUUGUGUGUACAGUUUGUGGAUCUUCCUUCCAGCGGUGUGGAGACCUGGUGAAGCAUGUGCAACAUAUGCAGCACUUUACAUCACAGUGUCCACUUUGCUUCGUUCAAAUAAGAGAUCUGGAAGGACAACGACUUCACUUUGCUCUUCAUGACCAGGAGCUACCGUUCUUUUGCAUGUACUGUGAUCUCAGGUUUCGAACCCGGGCUGCCUUAACAAUGCACACGCCAAAGCAUUCCACUACUAAACCGUUUGUGUGCAAUGAAUGCGGGAGAGGAUUCAAAUGGCGUCAUGCCCUCCAGGCUCACUCGUACACACACAGCCCCACUAGUCGCCUGCUGUGUGACAUUUGUGGUUUUUCCUCCAAGUAUGUGAGUAGCUUCAAAGCUCAUUUAGUGCAACACUCUGGGAGAGCAUUUCCUUGUCCUCACCCAGGAUGUGCCUUCACCUCCAGCCGCAAGACUCACCUCAAUGAUCAUCUUGCUACACACUCUAAGACUAAGGUGCAUCAGUGUGAAGUAUGUGGCCACUCUUUCUCCCAUGCGAAGAAUAUGCGGCGUCAUAUGCGACUUCAUGCACCUGCCUCCAACUUACUUACAUGCACAAUAGUGUCAAAAUUGCAGUGCAACUUUAGAACUACACGCCCUGACAAGUUAAGGGACCACCUUGCCAAAAAACACAACCUUAGUCGCCAUACUGUUUCUUCAAAUCCUCUUUCUAAACUAUUAUGCACAUCAACAUCUGCAGUAAAUAGUGAUGGUAGUAUAGUUCAGAAGCCAUCUUUAGAUACAUUGUCAGGACUUGAUAGCAUAAAAAAGUCCACAAAUGGAUCAGAUUUUACAUCCAUGGUGCAGGAAUCAAAUAUGCCAAAUUUAAAUAAAUUAGACCAAGAAACAGGAAAAUCUAAUAUAAUAUCUAAUGCUACUAUAGAAAGCGAAGUCGAUUAUCAGACUACCAGUCAGGUUGGUGACUCUCACCUUAGUGGUCAUACAGGUAUAUCUAAUGAACAAGAAACGUUUUCAGUUCUUGUUACUUCACCAGAUAUUGUAGAGCUACAGGAUAUCCCAACCUUAGAGAGUCAUACACAGCAGUCAGUGAAGCAUCAAGCUGUUAAUGAAAUUGCAGAUAGUUUUCCCUCAAGAUUCUUAGUAGAACAUGGUAUUCUAUUAGGCAAAUCAGAUUCCUCAGAUAUGAGUGGGCCACAGCAGUUAGAAACGGGAAAUAGAAUGACUUCUCUUCAGAAUAAUCUUAUUACUCCAGAUCAUAAAUUAAGAUUGUCAGUUAGUAAUUCAGUUCAGGAUCAAGGGGAUCUGGAUUUAGUCACCAGUAACCAUGUUGAGUCAAUGGCCUACUCUGAUAAUUGUACUUUUUCAAGGUCUGAAGAUAGUGUUGUAUUGGAGGUUAUGGCCCCUUCUGCAGAUAUAGCUACUACUACAAGCCAGAGGUCAAGUUUGAGUUUAAUGGAUCAACAUGCUUUACAAAAAAAGAAUGAUAAACAAGAGCAUUGUAUGGAAUCCCUAAACAUUUUGGAAUUUAUGUUAGAUAAUGUAACAGACUAAGCUA